AUGGACAACGAGGAAGUAUUUGCUCUCCCAGAUCAUUUGGUUGACCAUGACUACUUCCUGCCAGUUGUAUAUGAAGAUGAUCAUAUACUGCGUGAAGAAGAAGUAGAGGAAUUGGUAGAAGAAUAUUACAAACGAGAAACUCGUGGACAACGCGUGUAUUUAGUAUGCGAACGGCAGAAGCAACGGAACCAGUACUGCCCUUCCACUGCAACUGUUAGUGCAAAUUUGAACGACAACAGAAUUCGUCUAGGGUUCUACCCCGACCAUCCGCCCAGAGUGAUCGACCUGAAUGUGCCGUUUACCAUCCAGAAGCAGCUCCUAACUAGUAACUACACAUUUAUUCAGGCUCAAGAACGAGUGAAAAAGAUGAGACUUCGAAGAUUCCCGGCGCAACCCCCCCUUGAUAUUGGAAAACUUGCAGUGGCACUGAAUGAAGCACGAAAUGCCAUUUACGCUCUUACAGUUCAAAAACCCCCAUCUAGGUUCUUUCAACAAGCAUUGGUCGUCAAUGGAAGGAGUGUUGGUGUGAUCUUUGCGAACAUGGAUGCAGUCAACAAAUACAGAGAAGAAUUGGCCACUGUGACAUUGGUUGGGAUUGAUGGGACGUUCAAGACUAUGCCUCGUGUUCCAGCAGAUUUGAAAUGUCUCCUUACUAUCCAGGUGGUUUUCAAAACUGUAUCCUUUCCAAUGGUCUAUGAUCUACUGGGGAGCAUGACUGAAGAAGUCUAUGCGGCUCUGUUUGAUAUUGUAAGAAAUAUUUUACCUUUGAAUUAUCAACGUGUUUGUUUUAUUACAGAUUAUGAAAAAGCUCUGAUGUUAGCCGUUCAACAAUCGUUUCCGGAAAGCCAAUUGAGAUGUUGUUGGUUCCAUUUUACUCAGUCAAUUGUACGGUAUUGUCACCGAAGGAUGAACAGUGUUUGUAAUUUAAUCCGUACAAACCCAGUAGCUGCUCGAGUUCUCAGAAUGGUUUUGGCAUUACCUCACCUACCCGCAACCAGGAAUGACCCGCGCUGUCCAUUUUCUAUGGAGGAUGGUUUCGAUGCUAUCAUGGACUACACAAGACAAUUUCCUCCAAUUGAACAAGGCAUGAGAAACUUUCUAAUUGGGUAUGUGCAAUAUUUUUGGUUGUUACAGGUCGGUCCAGGUUUAAUCAGUUGUUUUGGAGAAGAAUAUAGAACCAACAACUACUUGGAGUCUUUCCAGGCUACACUUCUAACCCAAAUGCAAAGACAUCCCAAUAUAUGGAAUUUUAUUCAAAAACUGACUGUCCUUGAAAAUCAGUAUUUCGUUGAAUUUGAUCAAGCCAGAAGAAAUCUAAGGAUUAGAGAUCGAGCAUCAUGGAGGGAACGAGAGAACUCUACCACUGUCUUAGCAGGUUAUGUGCAACAACUCAACAGAGAUGAAGACCUCACAGGAUUUUUGAGAAGGGCUGGACACCGCAAUUUUGGAUACGUACAAGGCAUAAUCGGACCAUAUCCACAAGUAAAUAUAUUUUAUAAUUUUAUUUCAAUCUUGUAA